GGCAACGCGAGACAUCCGCGCAUCUUUUUUUUCCUACAUUUUUCUUAUUGUACAAAUUGUUUUUCUUAGGAGUUAUGGCAAAAGUAACCAAUAAAUUGCUGAAAAACACAUGCAGGGUGUGCGGCAAAUACGCUAGCUUCAAAAAAUCGUUCAAGAUAUUUGACAAGGCCAACAAAAAAUUGCUAGGCAAUAUAGAAGCGCUUACGGGCCUGCGGUUGGAAAGCUAUAUGAGCUUGCCGGAACUAAUGUGCGAGUGCUGCAACAUCGAAUUGACAAGUGCCAUCAGAUUCCGGGACAGGUGUAUCGGGGCACAGCGUGAACUCCUGGAGGGACUAACCAAACAGCAACUUGAGCAAAUACCUGAGAAAUACAAGUCUGCAAUAUUGGGCAUUGAUGCAUCACCACCGCCAGAUAAGAACAAUGAACAACAAGGUGAAACCGAGUCGGAUCCUGAAGCGGAUCCUCCAGCUGAACAUGAAAUGGAAUCUGAUGCUCAUCCAACAGAGGAGGAGUUUUUAAAAUUUGAACCAGAAAGUAGUGGAACUAUUACGAAAGUCAAAUAUGAAAUUGGCCAUGACAUUACUGAAUUUAUCGAGGCUGACGACGGUGAUGAAGGCACGAUAGUUGAAGAGGCUCAAUACGAAUGUCUCUUACCCGAUGAUGAUGGAAAUGUGAAACUUGAGGAAAUGUCUGACCAAUUUAUCGGACCCGAUCCCACUGAAGCAUAUUUGUACGAUUCCGAUGACGAGGUGGCUGUCUUGGACAAUGUGUUGGACGAUGAGUAUGAACAUGAGAAUGUUGUGAAAAAGUCUAGCCUGCCACCAAAGCCAAAGAUAAAGCCAGAUGAUCCACGUCGACGAGGAGCUGGUGGUGUAUACAUUUGCGAUCAGUGCGGCAAUCACAUUAAGGGACGGAUGGCCUUCGAGUUGCAUUGUCGUCGACAUCGCGGCGAAAAGGAUUUCCAGUGCGAAAUCUGUGACAAAUGCUUUUGUACCACUUCGGAGCUUAAGCGCCACAUGCGCAAGCAUACCGGAGAGCGUCCUUUUGCCUGCCAGCACUGUGGACGCUGCUUCUCCGACUACACGACACGAGUCAAGCACGAGCGCACCCACACCAAUGAGCGACCCUAUGCCUGUGGCACUUGCGGAAAAGCUUUCACAACCGGCUAUAUUCUGAAAAACCAUAUGCUUACACAUUCCGGCUUACGCUCCUACAGAUGUGAACUGUGCGAUAAGUCGUUUAUGCUCCCCACUCAUCUCAGCACACAUAUGCGUACCGGGGUUCAUAAGCGUACUGUCGAAAAGUAUCAAUUGAAGCAGCAAAUGCAGCACGAUCCGGCUCUUCAGCUUAAACUAGAAAUGGACGAAGAAAGUUUGCACAUUCAAGAUUGAGAAUUAAUUUUUUAUAUACAUAAUAAGUUCAACACUACCAAAUAAGAGAUUGCAGCAUACUUAUUAUACGUCUAUAUAUAUUAGAUAAAAUAAAAGAAUUUAAACAUA